AACAAAACAGACAAAUUUCCCAAAUUUUCUUCAACUAAUAUAUUUCCGUUAAACUACAUAAAUAUAUAUAUAUUUUAAUACAAGCCGCAUUUUAAGUUGACGUCAGCGUCGAUCAAAAAUCAAAACAACAACAGCAGUAAGAAAUCGAGGCAUUCAACAAUCAAGAAUAACAAGAGAAAAUAGAAAAGCUGUCAGCCGAUUGACAGGCUGCAUCCGUUCGUGAUUAAAGCAGACGGAGAGGCCAAAAUACCAAGGAGUGGCCGCGUGGGAUCCAUGAAAAGCAUGGCCGACCACAAUAAUAAUAUCAGCAGACGUGACAAUAACAUAAAUUGUAGCAAUAGUCCCAACCACAGCAGAUAUCGCGGCAGUGUCAGUAGCGAUGCGAAAAAUAUAAUCAAAAGCUCAGCGACUGAGCCUAGUAGCAGCAGUGGUUUUACAGUUAACGCCGCUGGUAGUGCAAAUCGGGCCGAACGCUGCGUGCUGUGCCUAGACGAGAAACGCUCGCCGGUGCGCAUCACUUGUGGCCACUCGUUUUGCAAUGAGUGCCUGGACGUAUAUAAAUCCUACCAAAAGUACGCCUGGGCCACGCGCUGUCCCAUCUGCCGUGGCUCGCUGAAGGAGAAACGACGUUCCGUCAAACGAAAGCGUUCCGAAGAUAAUAACGCAAUAACAACCACAACAACAAGAAUAAGGACAAGUACAGGCAGAAACGGUGGCACGUCUCAUAUGCGUAUGAGUGCGGUCGCAACUCCAGUGGAAACAGCAACAGAAACCACAGCCGCAGCCGAUGCCGACGCUGUCACUACUGUGCCCUCUGAAACCACUGCUGAUGUUCCAGCUGAGCAAAUUUACUUGUUGGAGGAGUUCAUGGCAAUCGCUUCUGAAACGGAUGUUUUCGGUCUCAGCUCAGAUAUGACAUUCGCUAAUGCAGGGAGCGACAGCACGCCAACCAACUCGGUAUCGACGGUUAGUGCAAGCGAAGCGGAGCAGGAGGAUAUGGAGGUUGAAGAAAUUGAGGGGACGGUGGGUGUUGAUGCCAGGUUUGCUGAAACUGAUUUUGCAUCUGAUUUGGAAGGAGAAGAAAUCGAAGAUGAGGUCGGCUUGGAAGGGUAUGAGGAAGAGGUAUUUAACGAGGAUCUCGACGAAGAAGAAGAGUGGCAGAUGGAAGAUGAAGCAGAUGAGGAGGAACAGAACGAUGAUAUUGAUGAUGAGACGGAUGAUGUUUACUACUUUAACGAGUUUGAUAAUGAACACUAUGAUGACCCUGGAAACAAUGACUACGACACCAUGGAUGAAGAGGACUUUGGCGAUGACGAUAAUGACGACGAAUCAAAUGAACAAUCGCAAAAUGACGAUUACUGUGCUGAAGAACAGGAAUCUGAGAGUGAAGUCGUGGUGGUGGAUGAGGUGAUCAUCAUUGACUAAACGCUGCUGAAAUACUGGGCGACAUUAAAAAUGCGCAAGCAAAAACUUUUUUGACGUGCGAAAUACCUAACGCUAAGGGUGCGACCGUACUGGACAGGUCUUUCGUUUUUUAAGUGAUUUUAUUGCAUGUUUUUUAUCAUGAAUUGCGAUGAUUUUUGUAGAUUUUUGA